AUGGCACGGCAAAAUGCUGCCUCGGCGCUCGCCGCGGCGUUGGUCGUCGGAGUCUUCGCACCCAUCCUUACCGUGGUGCAAUCCAUCGGCGUGUGCAACGGGAUGCUCGGCGACAACCUGCCGUCGCGGGCCGACGUGGUACAGUUCUACCAGUCCCAGGGCAUCGGCGCCAUGCGCAUCUACGCGCCGGACCCCGAGACGCUCCGGGCCCUCGACGGCACCGGCAUCGACCUCAUGAUGGACGUGGGCAACGGUGACCUCGCCGCCCUCGCCUCCGACCCAACCGCCGCGGCCGGCUGGGUCCGGGACAACGUGCUCGCCUACCCGGGCGUCCGCGUCAAGUACAUCGCAGCCGGCAACGAGGUGGACGGCGACGACACGCAGAACAUCCUCCCGGCCAUGAAGAACCUCAACGACGCGCUCGCCGCGGCCGGCCGCGGCGACGUCAAGGUGUCCACCGCGGUCAAGAUGAGCGUGCUCGCGUCCUCCUCGCCGCCCUCCGACGGCACGUUCAAGGACGCGUACAUGACGGACGUGGCCCAGCUGCUCAAGACCACCGGCGCGCCGCUCCUUGCCAACGUGUACCCUUACUUCGCCAAAAAGGGUGACCCCACCAUCGACCUCAGCUACGCGCUCUUCCAGCAGAGCGCCACGACGGUGAGCGACAACGGCCUCACCUACAUCAACCUCUUCGAUGCCAUGGUCGACGCAAUGUACACUGCGAUGGAGAAGGUGGGCGCAGCCGUCGUGCCCAUCGUGGUCUCGGAGAGUGGGUGGCCGUCGGCAGGCGGCGUCGAGGCGAGCGUCGGAAAUGCGCAGGCGUACAACCAGAAUCUGAUCAACCACGUCGGCAAUGGAACGCCAAAGAGGCCCGGGCCGCUGGAGACGUACAUCUUCGCCAUGUUCAACGAGAACCAAAAGGACGGCGAUGAGACGGAGAAGAACUUUGGGCUGUUCAACGGCCCCGAUAAGUCGCCGGUGUACCCUCUAAGUUUCAACAAUUAA